CAGGGGGCGGGUGUGCGCGGCGCUGCGGGCCCGCCCUGGGGGCGGUGGCUCGGCAGGGCCCGGGGCGGGUCCGGACGCGGCUCUGCCUUAGACAGUCCGUGGCCAGCCCCGGGCUGCCCCUACUUCCCGGGAUCGUGUCCGCGCGGCAAAAGCAGCGGUGUCAAGAUGGUCGUUCUCUCCAAGGAAUACGGCUAUGUGGUCCUGACCGGUGUUGCCGGCUUUAUCAUGAUAACGCACCUCGCUGUGAAUGUGGCGAAGGCACGCAAGAAGUACAAGGUGGAGUAUCCAACCAUGUAUAGCACGGACCCUGAACAUGGGCAUCUCUUCAACUGCAUCCAGCGCGCACACCAGAACACAUUGGAAGUUUAUCCCUCCUUCCUGUUCUUUCUAGCCAUGGGCGGAGUCUAUCACCCGCGUGUCGCUGUUGGGCUUGGCAUCACCUGGAUCAUUGGGAGAGUCCUCUAUGCCUAUGGCUAUUACACAGGAGAUCCCAGAAAGCGAAACCGAGGGGCCAUUGGUUCAGCUGCACUCCUCGGAUUGGUGGGGAACACUUUGUACUCAGCCUUCCAGCACCUUGAGUGGGUAUCCAGUGAGUAGCCAGCCUCCAUACCCCUUCGCAGCUUUCUGGAGAAUCUCCAAAGUGUAGAGUGUUUGGUUUUUUUUGUUUUUUUUUGGGGGGGGGGGAUGUUUUGGAUAAUAAAACUUAAUUUCCAACUUAAA